AUGUCUGAACCGAAGUCGGUCGCUAUCGUCGGUGCGGGCAUCUUCGGCCUGUCUCUAGCCGUUGCUCUCAGCAAGCGGCAAUAUCGCGUGACAGUGUUUGACAGAUACCACUACGAUGAGACAAACUACGCUCCUGACCUGGACGGCCGCACUCAGGCCGCCUCCGUUGACCAUAACAAGAUUUUUAGAGCUUCGUAUGGGACCAAGCUCCAUUACCAACGCCUCGCGAUGGAAAGCCGGGCCGCUUGGGAGAAGAUCAAUGAGCAGCGCCACCGCGAAGAAGACGAGAGCCAGCGGUCGAACCUCUUCGUUGGGUGCUGCAUGCUCCGCGUACAGCCCACGGCCAGCCUUGACCCCCUCGAGUGCGAGACCUUGAGCAACUUGGAGCGCGAGUGCUUGAGGUACACGCAGUUUGUCAAGAGCGACGCGGCUGAUCGCAAGCGAGCUGCCGAGCGUGGCGUGGACGCGAAGCUUCUGGACUUUGAAAUCCCGGAAUCUUCGCACGCGCGGACGUAUGAGGCCGUCCUCGACUCCCUUGCCGGGUUCACGAAAUGCAGCGAGGCGUGCGCCUAUUUCUACAAGCUGGCCCUUCGUCAGGGUGUCACGUUUAAUUUUGGUCCUGAAAAGGGUGCAGUUGACAGCAUCAUCGAGGAGAACCCGUCAACGGCAGGCCAAAAGAAGGCGGUUGGAGUGAAGACGAAGGACGGGGCUUCUCGCAAGGCUGAUCUCGUUGUUAUCGCUGCUGGAUCUUUCACUACACAGCUUUUGCCUGAUCUGUCUUACCAUCUUGAGUCCUCGGCAGGCAGCGUGGUCACCUUUAAGGUCGACAAGGCCGAUGCGGCUCUAUGGGACAAGUAUUCUCCUGAGCGCUUCCCGGUCGUUACCUGGACAAGCGCCCCGCGUAACGCGAUCGGAAAAGACUCGGGCAGCGUGUACGUCCUGCCGAGGACCGCCGACGGUUUAAUCAAAAUCGGGUUCCGUGGCAUCAAGUUUACCAACUUUCAACCGACCCCUUCCGGGGCAUCAUUCAACCAAGAUGGGAAAUGGUCGGUUCCCCUGCCACCGGCAGACUGCCGCAUGGUCCCGGAGCCAGCUAGGGAGGCCAUCAGAAAGUUUGUUUCCAUUUUCCUCCCAGAGUUCGCUGGCGUGGACUUCAACUCGACCAAGCUAUGCUGGUAUACCGACUCGCUGGACAACUCGUUUGUUAUCGACUACGUGCCCACCUACGCCGAUCAAAGCGUUUUCGUGGCAACGGGGGGCAGUGGCCAUGGUGCCAAGUUCCUCCCCGUCCUUGGCGAGCAUGCGGCCGACGUCUUGCAGUAUGGCGAGCAGAGCACUUCUUUCAUGCGACCUCAUUGGCGUUGGCGGGAGAGUGCUCGGAGAGGCAAUGGUCUUGAAGAGGGACCGAGCGGACCUAGGAAUAUUGGAGCAUUCAAGACAUCAGCUUAG